ACCACAUUUUGUUUAUUCACUCAUCAGUUGAUGCACAUUUAGUUUGUUUUACCUUUUGGCUAUUGUGAAUAGUGCUGCUCUGAACCUUCAUGUGCAAACUUUUGUUUAACCAUCUGUUUUCCCUUCUUUUGGGUGCACACCUGGGGUAGAAUUGCUAGGUCAUAUGGUAAUUCUACAUUUAGUCUUUUAAGAAACUGCCUCUAUUUAAUUUUGAGAUAGAUACAUGAAGUACUUAGCACUGUGCCUGGCACAGAGUAGUAAUAAGAACAAUAUUUAUCAUCAACGACAUUUUCUAAGUGCCAGGUAUUUUAUAUUUUACUUGUAUUAACACAUUUCAUCCACAUUACCAUAUAAGGUAGAUGUUAUUACUCCCAUUUUAUAGAGGGGGACUGAGGCCUGAGGAGUUUUAAGCAAUUCACCCAACUCGUGCAGUAGCUGACCCAGGUAGAAUUAAGGUUGAGAGGGCAGAGGCAAGGCCCCAGGGAGGCCAGUUUCAGCUCAAUGGGAGGAUUUUCUCAUUGUUACAGGAGCUGCUUUCGCCAGUAGUGAGCACCUUGUCCCUGGAGGUGUGUGUAUAAGUUGGGCUAAUUAUUGAGCAUGUCCUGCGUCGGGCACUGUGAUUCCUGGGGUAUCUUCCAGCCCCCUUAGGACACACAAGAACCAAAGUGGUCCCUGGGCACCAGUAACUCAGAGUCAGAAGGAGGUGAUGACAGGCGUGGUGGCUCAUCCCAGCUCAUCCCAGCACUCUGGGAGGCCGAAACAGGAGAAUUGCUCAAGUCCAGGAGUUCAAGACCAGCCUGGGCAACAUAGUGAGAGCCUGUCUCUACAAAAAAAAAAAAAAACUUUUUAAAAAAGGAAGUGAUGUGAUGGAGAGUUUGGAGGACUUCUUGUCCCCAGUGAGCUCGGAGCUGUGAGUCAGGGAACCUGGACCUGUGACUUGGUGAGGCCCCAGGGAUUGGGCCAACCACAGGUCUGGGGUACCUGGCCCUGGGGCUACUGCCUAGUCAUUUCUGACUUGAUUUUCCCAACUUUGCAGCCCGAGGAGGCAGAGAGAGUGAAGGCCCAGGCUCAGGCCUUGGGGCUGGCUGAAGCCCAGCCUAUGGCUGUGGUACAGUCAGUGCCCGGGGCACACCCUGUGCCAGUGUACGCCUUCUCCAUCAAAGGCCCUUCCUACGGAGAGGAUGUCUCCAAUACAACCACAGCCCAGAAGAGGAAGUGCAGCCAGACCCAGUGCCCCAGAAAGGUCAUCAAGAUGGAGUCUGAGGAGGGGAAGGAGGCAAGGUUGGCUCGGAGCUCCCCGGAGCAGCCCAGGCCCAGCACCUCCAAGGCAGUCUCACCACCCCACCUGGAUGGGCCACCUAACCCCAGGAGCCCCGUCAUAGGAAGUGAGGUCUUCCUGCCCAACAGCAACCACGUGGCCAGUGGCGCCGGGGAGGCAGAGGAGCGCAUUGUGGUGAUCAGCAGCUCGGAAGACUCAGAUGCCGAAAACUCGUCCUCCCGAGAACUGGAUGACAGCAGCAGUGAGUCCAGUGACCUCCAGCUGGAAGACCCCAGCACCCUCAGGGUCCUGGACGAGAACCUUGCUGACCCCCAAGCAGAAGACAGACCUCUGGUUUUCUUUGACCUCAAGAUUGACAAUGAAACCCAGAAGAUUAGCCAGCUGGCUGCAGUGAACCGGGAAAGCAAGUUCCGCGUGGUCAUCCAGCCCGAAGCCUUCUUCAGCAUCUACUCCAAGGCCGUGUCCCUGGAGGUGGGGCUGCAGCACUUCCUCAGCUUUCUGAGCUCCAUGCGCCGCCCUAUCUUGGCCUGCUACAAGCUUUGGGGGCCUGGUCUCCCGAACUUCUUCCGGGCCCUGGAGGACAUUAACAGGCUCUGGGAAUUCCAGGAGGCCAUCUCAGGCUUCCUCGCUGCCCUGCCCCUCAUCCGGGAGCGUGUGCCCGGGGCCAGCAGCUUCAAACUCAAGAACCUGGCCCAGACCUACCUGGCGAGAAACAUGAGUGAGCGCAGUGCCAUGGCUGCUGUGCUGGCCAUGCGUGACCUGUGCCGCCUCCUCGAGGUCUCCCCGGGCCCCCAGCUGGCCCAGCAUGUCUACCCCUUCAGUAGCCUGCAGUGCUUUGCCUCCCUGCAGCCCCUGGUGCAGGCAGCUGUGCUGCCCCGGGCCGAGGCCCGCCUCCUGGCCCUCCGCAAUGUGAGCUUCGUGGAGCUGCUGAGCGCACACCGCCGUGACCGGAAGGGGGGUCUGAAGAAGUACAGCCGCUACCUAAGCCUGCAGACCACCGCAUUGCCCCCUGCCCAGCCUGCUUUCAACCUGCAGGCUCUGGGUACCUACUUUGAAGGCCUGUUGGAGGGUCCGGCGCUGGCACGGGCAGAAGGAGUCUCCACCCCUCUUGCUGGCCAUGGCUUGGCAGAGAGGGCCUCCCAGCAGAGCUGAGAGGAGGGGGUGACCAGCUUGGAGUCUCUAGUGGGCAGAGAGGGAUGGGGUGCCUGAGCCAGGCCCCACCCAUCACAGCAUUCCCAGGUCCUGGUACCCAGCCCUCAGUUGUCAUUUGGUUCAGAAUCAGUUCCCUUUCUCUGGGACCCAAAUUUCUCUUCUCUAAAAAUCCUACAGAGAAGGUUCCAAAGCUGAGCACCCACCACCCCAGGUGUGCACCAGACUCCUAGCUCCCUCCUUCCAGGAGCUAGAACCAGGGAGGUCCUGAGUGAGGAAGUCAUGACCUCUGGGCUCUCUAGGUGGCCCUGGUCUUGCGCCAUCCAUCCCACCUGCCACUACCUUGGGUGUCCUUACAGCUCAGUCCUGACCCCAGUCCCUGCCCCAGGACACCUGCUGACAGCUCCCACAGAGAACAGUCUGAGGUGAUGCUGGCUACAGCCCCAGCAGCCCAUGGCAACUCAAAGUGCCUUCCAAACCAAACUGCCCCUCAUGAGGUUAGGGUCCCUCACCCUCCACCUGCCCAGAGGCCAACUCUGUUCCUUCUUUCAUCCCAGAGGGGCCUCAUCAGCAAAGACAGAAACUGAUGUUCCAUGCGUGUCCCUGCUUCCAAAGCCUGACCUUCCAACGCUUGCUUCCUUCCUCCUGGCUGCACAGACACCUCUACUUGGCCACAGCUUUGCUCUUUGGUCCUCAGGCCACCAGACCCCUCACAGCAUGGCCUUUGGCUCUUCCUGCACUGCCCUCACCCUCAGCCGUCCCAAGGAGUGCCCAGCACUAGUCAGUAUGUAGUCCAGGACCUGCGGCAUUAGCAUCCCCUGGGAGCUUCUUAGAAAGGCAGACCCGUGGACUCUACUGCAGGCCUCUGGAAUCAGAAUCUUCAGGAUGGGGCCCAGCAGUCUGUGUUUUAACAGGUUCUCCUGGUGAUGCUGGUGCAUGCUCACGUUUGAGAACUGCUGCUCUCAUAGACUGCUCCUCCACGGAGCAGUGUGGAACAGGAGAGAAAGUCCCGUCCCUAUCUCUGACUGUGCAGUGAGUGUGGCCUAGGAACAGGCCCCUUCCCAAGCUCUAAUGUCCCCAUCUGUAAAGUGGACUGGUUGGCCUCCAUGGUCUCAGAGCUGCCAUCCCUCUGUGCCGUCCUGCAUUUUUGGGAAUGGAAAGCAGGCCUCUGAGGCAGUGGACAGGAAGCUUUCUCAUCCUUGAAUUCUAGCUCCCAUUCCAAACUGUUAGUCCACAGCGUUGUGGUCACAUCAGAGGUCAACAGCAGAACAGAGGCAGGUCAGGGUUGUCCUCUCUGAUUAGUAGAACAAUGGACCCUUCCUCCUCCUCCCUCCCUUCCAUCCCUUCUCAUUGGCUCCCUGCUGCUGGGAUGCUUUCCAAGAUCUCUAGCCUCCAUGGCUGAUGACCUCAGCUUUCACAUAGGUGAAAUGUGUGUGCCCAUGCUGCAGCUCCAUCCCAUGGGGGCCCUGAAGACCCACUGAGGAAUUCCGUAGGGUCUUGUUCCCACAAUUGGAGUGCUGGCUCUAACAGUGAACUUUGAUGCAUUUAAAAUAAGAUUCUGAUGCCAGACUGUUAAAGCAGGCGUUGGUUCUGAAGCACUGAUGGAAAUAGAUUGAUGCAGAUGGAAGGAGGAAGGGAGACUGGGCCCACUGAUUUCCAGCCCCACCAUGUGCGCUGUUUUCAGAUGUGACUGAGGGGUGUUCUGCCCUGCCUCCACUGUCACAGUCUUUAAUAAAGAUGUAAAUCUUGAAA